CUGAAUGAACAGGGGCUUUCAUAUUAUGAAGCUCACUAGGCAACAGCAAGGAAACUAAGGAGAAGGGGAUUUUGAGUCACAAGCCGGCUCAGCUGAAGAUGAGUUCUGUGCUUCUGAUGCUCUUUUUAUCCACUGUGAAUGCCGGCACCUUACUAGAAAAGGGCUCGCUGAGACGGGAAGCCCGGCGGCUUUCAUGCGUGCGAUGUUGUGGGCCUUCAGAAGAGCCAGUCUCCGUCACCUCUUCACGAUCCACUAGGAUGAGCUAUGACCCCACCUAUUCAGUGCCAAAAGUCCAGCCCACAAUAGAUAUCACCAUCCUGAAAGGUGAAAAAGGUGACGUGGGAGAGAAAGGGAUCACUGGAGGGGCUGGAAAGGCUGGAGAACGAGGGCUACGUGGUUAUAAUGGACGGAAAGGUCAGAAAGGCCAGGUUGGCCCACCAGGCAACUCCUGCAAGCUGCAUUACGCUGCCUUUUCAGUCGGCCGGAGAAAACCUCUCCAUAGCUCGGAUUAUUUCCAGCAUGUCACUUUUGAUACGGAGUUGGUGAACCUCUACAAACACUUCAGCAUGUUCACAGGGAAAUUCUUCUGCUACGUGCCAGGGAUCUACUUCUUCAACCUUAAUGUCCACACCUGGAACUUCAAAGAGACUUACCUGCACGUAAUGCAGAACAACAAGGAAGUUGCCAUCCUCUAUGCCCAGCCCAGUGAUCGGAGCAUCAUGCAGAGCCAGAGUCUCAUGCUCGAGCUGCAGGAAGGGGAUGAGGUCUGGGUGAGAAUGUUUAAACGAGAGAGGGAAAAUGGCAUCUAUAGUGAGGAGUCUGAUAUUUACAUCACCUUCAAUGGCCAUUUAAUUAAACCAGCCAUAGAGUAG